AUGUCCAGCAUCGCUGAAGCGGACCGCCAGGCGUCCAACACCGACGCCACGAAUUACGACCAUGAUGCAAAGGUCGGCAUUGGCGCCGGUGUGGACAUCAACCUCGGCGGCGCAAGUGUCGGCGCUGGCGCCGGUGUCGUACUCGGUACCGACAGGACCCACCCUGGCACCCAAGACCAAAUGACAAACCCGGAAGGCAACACGGAUCAAACGACGAUGAACUCCGGCGGAAACCCCUCGACCUUCGAUCACUUCCAUGGCAUCGGAGCUGGCGCUGGUCUUGGUGUCAACGUCGGCGAUAUUGGUGUCGACGCUGGCGCUGGUCUCCUCCUCGGUUCUUUCGGCACGCACCCGGGCACCCAAGACCAAAUGACAAACCCGGAAGGCAACACGGAUCAAACGACGAUGAACUCCGGCGGAAACCCCUCGACCUUCGAUCACUUCCAUGGCAUCGGAGCUGGCGCUGGUCUUGGUGUCAACGUCGGCGAUAUUGGUGUCGACGCUGGCGCUGGUCUCCUCCUCGGUUCUUUCGGCACGCACCCGGGCACCCAAGACCAAAUGACAAACCCGGAAGGCAACACGGAUCAAACGACGAUGAACUCCGGCGGAAACCCCUCGACCUUCGAUCACUUCCAUGGCAUCGGAGCUGGUGCUGGUCUUGGUGUCAACGUCGGCGAUAUUGGUGUCGACGCUGGCGCUGGUCUCCUCCUCGGUUCUUUCGGCACGCACCCGGGCACCCAAGACCAAAUGACAAACCCGGAAGGCAACACGGAGCAAACGACGAUGAACUCCGGCGGAAACCCCUCGACCUUCGAUCACUUCCAUGGCAUCGGAGCUGGCGCUGGUCUUGGUGUGAACGUCGGCGAUAUUGGUGUCGACGCUGGCGCUGGUCUCCUCCUCGGUUCUUUCGGCACGCACCCGGGCACCCAAGACCAAAUGACAAACCCGGAAGGCAACACGGAGCAAACGACGAUGAACUCCGGCGGAAAUCCCUCGACCUUCGAUCACUUCCAUGGCAUCGGAGCUGGCGCCGGUCUUGGUGUCAACGUCGGCGAUAUUGGUGUCGACGCUGGCGCUGGUCUCCUCCUCGGUUCUUUCGGCACGCACCCGGGCACCCAGGACCAAAUGACGAACCCGGAAGGCAACACGGAGCAAACGACGAUGAACUCCGGCGGAAAUCCCUCGACCUUCGAUCACUUCCAUGGCAUCGGAGCUGGCGCUGGUCUUGGUGUCAACGUCGGCGAUAUUGGUGUCGACGCUGGCGCUGGUCUCCUCCUCGGUUCUUUCGGCACGCACCCGGGCACCCAGGACCAAAUGACAAACCCGGAAGGCAACACGGAUCAAACGACGAUGAACUCCGGCGGAAACCCCUCGACCUUCGAUCACUUCCAUGGCAUCGGAGCUGGCGCCGGUCUUGGUGUCAACGUCGGCGAUAUUGGUGUCGACGCUGGCGCUGGUCUCCUCCUCGGUUCUUUCGGCACGCACCCGGGCACCCAGGACCAAAUGACGAACCCGGAAGGCAACACGGAGCAAACGACGAUGAACUCCGGCGGAAAUCCCUCGACCUUCGAUCACUUCCAUGGCAUCGGAGCUGGCGCUGGUCUUGGUGUGAACGUCGGCGAUAUUGGUGUCGACGCUGGCGCUGGUCUCCUCCUCGGUUCUUUCGGCACGCACCCGGGCACCCAGGACCAAAUGACAAACCCGGAAGGCAACACGGAUCAAACGACGAUGAACUCCGGCGGAAACCCCUCGACCUUCGAUCACUUCCAUGGCAUCGGAGCUGGCGCCGGUCUUGGUGUCAACGUCGGCGAUAUUGGUGUCGACGCUGGCGCUGGUCUCCUCCUCGGUUCUUUCGGCACGCACCCGGGCACCCAGGACCAAAUGACGAACCCGGAAGGCAACACGGAGCAAACGACGAUGAACUCCGGCGGAAAUCCCUCGACCUUCGAUCACUUCCAUGGCAUCGGAGCUGGCGCUGGUCUUGGUGUCAACGUCGGCGAUAUUGGUGUCGACGCUGGCGCUGGUCUCCUCCUCGGUUCUUUCGGCACGCACCCGGGCACCCAGGACCAAAUGACAAACCCGGAAGGCAACACGGAGCAAACGACGAUGAACUCCGGCGGAAACCCCUCGACCUUCGAUCACUUCCAUGGCAUCGGAGCUGGCGCUGGUCUUGGUGUCAACGUCGGCGAUAUUGGUGUCGACGCUGGCGCUGGUCUCCUCCUCGGUUCUUUCGGCACGCACCCGGGCACCCAGGACCAAAUGACGAACCCGGAAGGCAACACGGAGCAAACGACGAUGAACUCCGGUGGAAACCCCGUACAUUACAAGGACUAUAUCGGUGCUGGAGCUGGUGUGGAGAUAGGUGGCGUUCCUCACCAUGGUGAGAACGUCUCCGGAAACGGCAACGGCCUACCGAACGGCGAAUUAUCAGGAGAGAACGGUACGUCACAGACACAGGGCGGCGACGAGAAGAAGGAUCCGUGCGCUACCGGCAACUGCCCGGACACGCCGGUUGUUGGCACUCCGGUCGUUAACACCCCGGUCGUUGGCACUCCGGUCGUUAACACUCCGGAGCAGGAGCCUCCCAUCGUUCAGUCUGGCAAGACAGGCAUGAAUACGGACACGGAGCACUCGACGUUGGACAUGCCACCUAACCGUCGUCUUCGGUCGCAAAUCUAA